AGUCACUUAUCACAGAUUCACAGAAUAACGAUAAUAAUAACAGUGCCGUGGCAUUAUAUUUUACGCAAAACUGCGAAAGUAUGAUAUCUAUAAACUAUCAAUAAUUAUCUACCUAUGAUAUUGCCAAUAUGUUUUGGUUAAUAUAACAAUCCAUCGUGGCGUCGUGCAUCACUGCACCGAUAGAUGGGCUAUUAAACAGUAGAUAGCUGUGAAGACUACCUAGUUACUAAGACUACCGGCUGCAUGUUUUGCACCACGAUAAGAUGAACGAAUUGCAAUGCGUAUUGGCUAUUAAUAACUACGGAAAGAUUUUCACGCUGUCUGCGUUUGAUGACCAAUGGAAACCGUUUCCCCACAUCGGCAUGGAUCUGAAACAUAUUUCCGCCAUCGAGAAUUACAUGUGGUCCAUCGGAGGCGACAACCAGACGUAUCUGUUGGUGCACAACCUGGACGGAGCGAUACGGAUCAAGGAAGAAGUAUAUGAAAACGAGCGAUGGAUGCCCGUGGGGAGUUUUUCAAAAAGACUUUUGCCCACCGAUAGAUAUUGCUGGUCGUCGGAAAACGGUAAAGAAGAAAAAUUGAAGGAGAAUAUAAAGUUGCCCUCUUUUGUCUGGCAAUGGGAACAUGAGUGGCAGUUGGAGACCACAUUCGAGGAAAACGAUUUAGACAACAGCGGUUGGACAUAUGCGGUCGAUUUUUGUGCAAAGUUUUAUCCAACCAAACGCUGGAAUUCAUGCGUUAGGAGGAGAAAAUGGUACAGGAAUCGAAUUUACACAGGCAUGAAUUCUUGGUGUAUAAUUUCUCCUCUGCACAAAGAUUUUACUCAGGAACCAUUUAUUUGCGUUAGCAUUGGAGGGCAUAAGAUACCCGGAGCUCAACUUGGUGUCAUUAUGGUAUGGGCGGUGACAGCACAAGGAAGGAUUUUCUACCGUAAGAACGUAAACAAAAUGUGGCCCGAAGGCUGUUUGUGGGUCUGUGUUCCGACUAAAGAGGGCAGUGAAUCCAGAUAUAUUGAUUGUGGUCCGUCGGGUUCUGUUUGGGUAGUUUUAUGGAGUGGUGUCAUACUAGUCAGAAAAGAAGUCAGUGCUGAAACUCCACAAGGUAAAAAAUGGAUUAUAGUUGGAUCUCCGGAAGCAGAUUCCAAAAUAACUCAAAUAUCAGUCGGGUUUCAGUCAGUGUGGGCAAUUACUAACGAUUCUAGAGUAUGGUAUAGAAAAGGAAUUGAUCAAAAUCUCAAUGAAGGAACUUGUUGGGUGAAAUUAAACACAUUUAUGUUUUCAGUCUCCGUAACUCCAAACGACCAAGUAUUUUCAGUGGGUUUAGAUAGGCAUUUAUAUUUUAGGAGUGAUAUAUCUGAAAAUUAUCCUACUGGGAAAAAGUGGAUUCAUAUACAGGCAUCCAUUGAAAUUGAACAACCUAAAGAACAAGAGACAAAACUGGAAGGGAUAGAAUCGUGGAUAUCAUCAUCAUUUACUGAGCCUUCACAUUCUGCUCCAACACGUCUGGUUGGAAAUGAUUCAAAAAAUAAUUUAAACUUGAAUGCGAAAGAAAUCAAUCCUUCUCAACGCCGAGUGUCUGCUUGGAGUCCUAAACUUAGCAUUGGGUCUUUAAUUGGCAUGGAAGCUAAACCGGAUUCAUUUAUGGAAAUUCAAAGUAAUAUUUCAAUUAAAAAACCAAAAACAUUUUGGAGUUCUGUAGUGGGAGGCUCAAUUGAACCAGAUGUUUGUUUUAUUUCACAAUGGUUUAAUUCUCCAAAUGAUAGAGAAACUAUUUUUAAAAGCAAAUGGAGGCGAGAAAUAUUGGACAAAUUAAUUGUGUUGAGGUUAAAAGAAAAAGAAUUUCAACAAAUCACUUCUUUUGCUUUAUAAUCAGGAUCAUUCGAGUAACUCAUGUAAUUCAAUUUUCUAUUCAUAAAUAAUUUUUUUAAUUAAAGAUUUAUAAUAAAGAUCAAAUAAAAUCAGACCUGUACUACAAUCAUUAUGAUAGGGCCUUAGAUCAUCUUGUAUAAUAUGAUCUAAGUUCAGAACCCAGUGAGCAAAUGUGUACAAUUGGAGGUUAGAAGUUAUUUAUAAAACAACAACCAUUUAAUAGUUUCAAUUUCCAACACGAAACAAUAGAAGAAGUUAAGGAUGCUUGUUAAGGUUUGCUUGGCAGGAUUUUGAAAUAUGCCAACAUUGGACCUUGUAUGCAAAUAAUUCCAUCAGAAAAAUUAGUCUGUAUUAGUUAAAAACCAAAUAUUUACUUUGUAUCU